UCUAGUAACUUCUGUUAGUGGCCUGAAGAAGAAGCAUCCCCUCUCUCUCUCUCUCUGUUCUGUCUUUAAUUUACAUUGUCAUCUUUUUAUAACCUGAAGACAUCUGCCAGUAAGAUUCACAGAAGGGAGAAAAUCCACUAGAUCUUUUUAACACUGAAAAAUAAAAAAAAAAGAUGCAUCGCCACAGAAUUGUGCAUCUUCAGACAACACACUGGGCACACCUUAAUGAUCUACGUGGGAUCACUUUUUAAAAAGAAAUUAACAAAACAAUAAGCCCUUUAUUUAAGUUUUAUAGGUAGGGUUUGAAGGGUUAGAUUUUUAUGGAUAAAUGUUAAUCACCGUGCACACACAAACUGACAAAAAAAAUCCACUGAUGAUUGAAAUUUACAUAUAGGCAAAGUAAUAAAAAUGCUGCUGGAGAAAUUUUUAGAGUAAAAUCCAGUGACUUUUCAAUUAAAAUAGUUAGUUACAAAUGGACAAGGGACUAGUUAUAGCUGUAACUGGAGUGUGCACAGCAAUACCUAGCAGAAACACAGACCGCAGUGCUACACUAGGUUUGCGGUAGAAUGUUAUUUCAACUAUGUACUUAGUUACUGACCAGAAUGAACUGCCUCCAAGGUUAACUCUAGUUAUAUUGUAACAAAGUCCUUCCAUUUAACUUCCUUAGGACUUGUCUGUGUGUUCUGUGAAGCUCUGUCUCCCUCCCUUGGAGCUUACACAUCUUGCUGAGGUUUUAAAUGAUUUUUCUGUCUUGGCCAGGACAUGACUUUCCACUUCAGCUACAAGAACGUGCCGCUGCUGUUUUCUGGACUAGUGAUCAAUACACCUGGAGAAAUGGCUGGUGCUUUUGUCGCAGUCUUCUUCCUAGCCAUGUUUUAUGAGGGCCUCAAAAUAGCCCGGGAGAGUCUGCUCCGUAAAUCACAGGUCAGCAUUCGCUACAACUCCAUGCCUGUCCCGGGACCAAAUGGCACCACUUUGAUGGAGACGCACAAAACAGUUGGACAACAGAUGCUGAGCUUCCCUCAUCUCCUGCAGACAGUGCUGCACAUCAUACAAGUGGUGGUCAGUUACUUCCUCAUGCUGAUCUUCAUGACCUACAAUGCAUACCUCUGCAUAGCUGUGGCAGCAGGCGCAGGCACUGGCUACUUCCUCUUCAGUUGGAAAAAGGCAGUUGUUGUGGAUAUCACGGAGCACUGCCAUUAAUGCUGGACACAGAGCGAGAGCCUCUCUCUGCCCCUUCGCUCGCUCUAACUGCAGUCACCAAGAAGAUGAGGAUCAUUCCCCGGCUGACUGAGAAGCAACAUACACCAUGAAAAUCAGUGUGUGUUUUACCACCAAUGUCCUAGUCAGGACAAUGCCUGGGCAGCUCACAGGGAUUCUUGGUGUUGGGGAUUUCCCACCAAGCAGCCUGGCACCCACGCUAGAUGGACCAGCUCUUGAGGUCACACCAGAGCCACCCUUGACCACGAUUUAUGUUGUAUUUGUAGAUUUUCCCUGAUUGAAAUUAUGUAGCAAGUAGAUAUUUACAAGAUUAUUGAACUGUCCUUUUAAAGCAUUUUAUUUUUAAAGAAUAAAUGCUCAGAUCUGGGGGUUUUAUGAAUGGUCGAUAAAAGAGCUAGUAUGUGACAAUGGCUAUUUUUAAUUUUCUAAAAAAUUCUGUACUUAAUGCCUGGGGAAGGGAGGCGGGGAUGUGACUGACCUCUGGGCCAGCAAAACCCUCUGGGACAGUUUGUAGAAACUUCUGUCCACAAAAUUAGUGCUGCUGGUAAAUCACCAGAGGCCUAGUGGGUUCAGGUCUGCUCCGAGAAGUGUGCACCAUUCUUAUUAACUCCAGUGGGCAUAUUGUAUCUGGGCCAGACUGGGGCCGCUUUCAAGUCUGUUUAAUGUUGCUGGUUUUCUGCUGUAUUCUUGCUCUGCUCAGCUCUGAACAGCAGGAACAUUUCAAACUGGCCACUUCAGCUUACUGAUCAUGGAAAUGUACUCACCAUAUGCAAAUCAGCAAUUGCAUUUUUAAGUAGUAGAAAGAGACUUUAAAUAAACCAUUGAAGCCCUGUUGAUUUCA